UAUGGCUAGAGGAGGUGGUGGAAUUCAAACAAUGGGAAUAAAAAAAAACAUGAGAUCAAAGUCAAAAUCUGCAGAAGGAGAGUCAGAUACAUCCGAAAGCAUCGAGGAACCGUCAAGUGUAAGGAGACUAUUUCCUGAGACUUGGCUUUGCCCCGAUGGCAGGAUGAUUAUCAACGCUGUAGUUCCUGAUACCAUUACUUCUUGGGUUGCAACAGCAUUCGCUAUGAGUGAAACAGAUGGUUUAGGAGUUGCAGAAGAGGGAGCAAAAGUAACAGUUUUCAAAUCCUUCUUUAUUCAAUUGAGUCUUCCAUAUUCUGUUAUCCGUGGUGAAGAAUUUAAACUAAAAGUAUUAGUCUUUAACUAUGAAAGUACGCAAAAGACGGUAAAAAUUCAUUUGAAAAUCCCUCCUAAUACAUUCGUCGCGAGAACUGGUGAAAAGCUUGAGAAGGAAAUAUCAAACGCUUGGGCCUCCAAGACUGUUACUGUUGAACCAAAUUCUUCAAAGAGUGUAAACUUUUGGAUCGAACCUAAAGCUUUGGGAAAUAUACCUUUGCUGGUUAUGGCAAGAGGCCAUCUUGUUGCUGAUGCAAUUGAGAGGAAUUUAUUAGUUGAAGCUGAAGGUUCCCCAGAAGAAUAUUCAAAGUCUACAUUUCUUCGUCUAUCAAAAGACGGUGACAGUUCGACCAGCGCUAAAUUUCAUGUCGCCCUUCCGCCUCCAUCUGUUCUUGUAAACGAUUCUCAAUAUAUAUCAGUUACCGUUAUUGGAGAUAUUAUGGGUAAAUCAAUGAACUCGCUAGAAUCUCUUAUAAGAAUGCCUUAUGGAUGUGGAGAACAGAACAUGAUCAACUUUGUUCCAAACAUUGUGGCUAUGGACUACAUGACUGCUUCUGGUCAGGUAACUGAAUCAAUCAAGAAAAAAGCCAUUAAAUAUAUGACGGCAGGCUAUCAAAGAGAAUUAACCUAUCAGAGAGACGACGGAUCUUUCUCAGCCUUUGGAAACAGAGACAAGAGUGGCUCACUUUGGCUGACAGAUUAUGUUACGAAAUCUUUCAUUGCUGCCUCCAAAUACAUAUUCGUAGAUCAGAAGAUUAUUGCUAAUUCUAUACAAUUUAUCAUGGGGCUUCAAGAUAAAGACGGAAAAUUUGCUGAACCUAAAGAUGGUAGGGUUAUACAUGCUGGAAUGCAAGGUGGUACAUCAAAAGGUAUCACUCUAACCGCCUACACUCUUGCUACAUUGAUUGAAGCUAGUAGAGUAGUUGAUAAAUCCAAAAAUUUGAUCGAGGUAAUAGACACCUCGCUAAAGUAUCUUGACAAUAAUGCGCAGGAAUACUACCAAGAUCCAUAUGCUUUAGCUGUUCUCAGCUAUACUUAUCAACUUGCUGAUCUAUAUCAUAAUUCCUAUAAAUCAACUAAAGCUGAUGACGUUUGGAAUAAUUUACAAAAACUAGCCAAUGAAGAAGAAGGCAUGAAAUGGUGGAAGACCGUCAAAAAGGAGGUAAAAUGCCCCAGAAGUUGGUGCUCUUCAUAUAACACUGCUAAAGCUUCCGAUGUUGAGUUAGCAGCGUAUGCCUUGCUUGUCUACUCUUUGAAAACUCAAUACAAAGAUGAUAUUGAUUCUACUCUUCCAGUUUUACGAUGGAUGCUUUCGCAGACGAAUGAAAAGGGAGCUUUCAAGAGUACUCAAGAUACUGUUGUUGGCUUGUCAGCUUUGGCUAAAUAUUCCAGUGUAGUUUUGGCUGGAAACGAGAAGAAUAUGAAAAUAAAACUCUCUUACGGAGAAAGUUCUCACAACUUCAAUCUGAUAGCUAUGCACAAUGCUACAAUUUUACAACAAACCGUUGUACCUAAAGACACACAAACAAUUUCCGUGGAGGCCACUGGAUAUGGUACUGCUGUUGUCCAAAUGAAUGUUAACUAUAACAUUAAAGACACGGAAGGCGAACCACCCAAACUUCACUCAACUCUUAAACAAAUGCAUUCACCAAAAGGCGUUCAAUUAAAAUCUUGUGUUAAGUUCUCUGCUGAAAAUGGAGAAGAAAGUGGCAUGGUUGUUACCGAGCUGAAUGUUCUUAGCGGUCAUUUUGUGGAUACCUCAGAAUUGUUACAAGAAUAUGGAACAAGAGGCUUGAAACGAGUAGAAAGUGUUGGAAAGAAAGUCAACAUGUAUUGGGAUGGAUUCUCCGAUAGAGAAGAAUGCUUCGAGUUGUUCGUUCAAAGAAAAGAUCCAGUAGUAAAUGUUCAACCUGCUGAAAUUGCUCACUACGUAUACUAUGAUGUCGAAGAAAGAUCAAGUCAUAUGUACUCAUCUGACAGAAAAGGCUUUGUUUUAAAUUUUCAUGAAGCAAGAUUAGCUGCCUGUAAUGACUGUGGCAUUGAAUACGUUUCGAAUCUUAAAGAAUCUAACGAUCAGGGUCAGGAAAUACCUAUUUUCCCAAUUGAAUCUUCUUCCAUUAUCGUUAAUAGAUCUAAGAAACCGAACGCAAUCUCUCAAGAGUUUGUUCAGACGGACUUUAUUGAUUUCAAAAAACGAGUUUUAACUUUUGAUCCCUCAGUUUGGUAUGGAAAGCCAAUGUGGUUGAAUCCAUUGCAGCUAGCUCGAUUUGGAUGGACAAUGGUCAGUCAUAAUUUACUUAAGUGCUCGUUUUGUAGUGCUUAUGCCGGUACGGAUCUACCAUUACCAACAAACAAAGCAGUUUAUGACAAUUGCGUGGAAAGACUGAAAAAAUCGUUACUUUUAAAUCACAAUUCCCUGUGUAGUAUAAGAAGCCGUCCCUGUUCUGAAUCUUAUUUGACAUUGGAUUGGGAAAGUGUUCAAGAAGCACGAGAUUAUUUAUUAGAAAGAGUAACCGCGACACUAGAAGUUGGUUAUAAUCUUCCGAGAGUUAGCGAAGAAAUUUUGAUGAAAUUAGGUCUUAAUGAAGAAAACUUUAAAACAAUGAAGAAGAUCUUUGAGAAAGAUUUACCAAAUAAUUCUGACAUGGAUGUUAUUAAAUGUGCUGUUUCUCUGUCUCUUUGUGGUUGGGUAAUUAGAAAAGUUGCCAAGAACAUUGAAAUUUAUUGUAAUAUGUGCAAUAGACAAGUUGCACUUCGACAAUAUUAUACACUUCAAGAUGAACCUAGACCAAUUGGAGAAAAUGAAGACUCUGUAAUAGGAAGCUCAGAAAUAGCUAGCUUUGAAACUAAACGGUCAGAUGUCGCUGUCCAAACAACUACACUUGAAUUUGAACAUGAAGAAGUUCAAACAGAAGUUGAUAGUAAUGCUUGGAAGAAAAUGCUAGCUAGGAAGAAUUCAUAUGAUUCCGAAGACUCGUCAACUGGCUUAUUUAGCUCAAACUGUCGACCUUUUUCACCCCGACAUGUACCUACAAAAAAUGGUGUCUUUGGAAAUCAAAGUGCUCCCCAAUCCAAUAUUUUCUACUCAUCAACCUCUUAUAAUACCAGCAGAUCAAGUUCAGCAUUGGAAGUACUCCACGAAGUUGCUACUGAAGAAGAGAGCGUUUCGGCUAUGAGAGAAGAGAGCGUUUCAACUGUAAGAGAUGACAGUAACUCAAAUUCUACUGAAGAACAAAGGGAAAAAGAAGAAAAAAAUGAUUCUAAUACUAAAUUUGAUCUUCAUACUAUUCUUGAAGAGAGUCAGGACGAAAAUUGUCAAGAGGAAUCUGAAAACGAAGACUCACCUGUCAGCAAAUUAGAAAAAAAUGUUAAUUUUCAAGCAGUAUUAGAUACUGAAGAAACAGAAGAAUAUCCCACAAUUUGUUUUGAACAAAGUAAGGGUGAUGACGAUAGUGGAAGUGAUGAGUAUGAAGAAUAUGUUGGAGAAUAUGAAUCCCUUUCGAAUGAAGAUGAUAUCGAGGAUAUGACUGAAAAUGAUACAAACUACGAAGUAAUAGCUGUUUCAACUACAAGUGAAAGUGAUAUGGAAAAUGAGAGAAAUAGUGCACUGGAAAGUGGCCAGGACGAAUUGGAUGCCGAUUUCUAUGAAGAUGACGAUUCCAACUCAAGCGAACCGAAUAUCCCUCAGGUUGAUGGCUCAACAGAACUUAACAAAAGAAAGAGAACUUUGAGUAGCGAAUCGAACUUUUCUUUUAAAAGACAAAGAACUCAAAUGACAAACAAAUUACACUUUCAUCCAGCAAAUGAACAUAGAAGAUGGUGUCCCUGGAUUCACUCUCACGUUGCUAAUAGUCAAGAAGGAUAUAAAGGAUUUUUGUUCGCAGUUCUAGAUGAAGUACCUCCUGGAGGCGUUAGAAAAUUUCCAAUGUUUGCUGAGCCAACUGGAGAUAAUGUAAAGAAAGUAAAACGCCUCUUAAAAGAAUGGGCAGCGCCUAUAGAAUAA